AUGGACUUGUGUCGCUAUCAUUCAGUGCUUAAACAACAAACAUUCAGGGUAGCAAUAGCCGAAGGGAAAGCUGAACAAGGUUAUCAGUUAAGGGGUGUAAAAGGGGUACCACCUGCUGCUCAAGCUCCAUCAUCAAGCAACUCUCCAACCAAGGACGCAGCAAAAGACCCAGAGACAACGCCCAAAAAGCAACCUUCAGCACAAGAACCAGCGCCACCCGCCCAGCAAGCUCCAACACCGAGCAGCCAACAAGCAAAUACAACUAAGAAUGCAACGAAGCCUUCGACAAGGGAAACAACUACACCUCCAAAAGAGACAACAAGUAACCCAAACAACCUCAGCCCGGAUUUAGAUAUGGACACUACUACAGUUUCAAAAAGGAAAAAGGAAGAAAGCCCCACAGAGAAACAGAAACAAUCAAAGCAAGACAGGCAACAGAAGCGAGAUAAAUCUUUUAUUGCACCAGAAGAAUCCACUGACCCAGCAAAGAAAAAGGCCAAGGUGGAGACUGAUUCCAAGGUUGAUUUAAAGAAAUUGAAGCAGAAAUUAGGAAAAAUCUCUAAGAAAGCGUGA